AUAAAACAGAAGAGCAUCGUGGGAAUGAAGAGUAGUUGUUUCUUGACGACCGAGAUACUUGUCUAAGAAGAGGAAGCAUCAACAAGUUUAUUCCAACAUGUGGUUCCCUCUGCUGGUUAGCCUGGCUGGCAUGUGUGGCAUUGGGGUGAACAGCCUGGAGGUGUGCGCCCCCGACUGCACCAACAAGGAUCCCGGCGAUAUGGUCGUUGACCCCAAAGACUGCACUCAGUUCUACUACUGCCUCGCCAAUGAGAUGCCGGCCAACAACCCUAUUCCGUGUGAAGAAGGUCAUGUUUUCGAUACUGCAACCGGCUCCUGUGUUCUCGGGACAGAAUGCAUCAAUAUCUGCAGUUCUAAAGAAUGCAACUACGUCUGCAACGAUAAUUUGGAGGUGGUCAGCGACCCCCAGGAUUGUGGUCAGUACUACCUCUGUUCUCCGUCUGGCAUGGUAGGUCCUAUCCAGUGCCCCGACGAUAGGCCUUUCUUCAACGGCGAGGCAUGCAUCAACAAGUACGAAUGCUGCUCGGACCCCUGCAUCCCGUACUGCGUGGCGGCAGGCAGCCAGAUCCCGGAUCCGAAGAACUGCUCGAUGUUCUACGUGUGUCUCGAGGAUGGACUUCCGUCGGAGGACCUACACUUCUCGUGUCCUGACGGCGCGAACUUCGACGUGACGGUCGGCUUUUGCUUCGAGGGCGCUCAGUGUCAGUUUCUUUGUCUAGAUCCACCGUCGACAACUGAAGCCAUCACGACGACACAGGCGACCACUCCUCUUCAGUGUCUGAGCAGUUUCGUGUGCACGGAGGUCGGCUCGUUUCAGAAGUUCCCGACGUGCGUCCCGGAAUACUACGCGUGCUAUGCCGAAGGGGUAUGUGCGGUCCUCGAGAAGUGCAAGGAAGGCAUGGUGUUCAAUCCUGUACCGGAAUAUCCCUACUGCAUUGUGCCCGAGAUGUGUCCUUAUACCCCGGUCUAAAGACAAAGAAAAGAACUGCUCUUGCCCAUGAAUGACUUUACACCACCAACUCAAAUACACAGUCAAUGUAUUUACUAUUUUAAUUUGUUGUGUAUCAUGCAGAUUUCAUGCAUAUUGUCAUCUCGCUUUCGUUCUAUUUUUGUUCAUCAUGACGGUUAAUAAAUCAUGCAAAUAA